AUGUCGGCUGCCCGCAAGUGUCGGUUGCCCGCAAGUGUCCCAGGCUGCCCGCAAGUGUCUCAGCUGCCCGCAAAUGUUUCAGCUGCCCGCAAAUGUGACCCCCCAAAUUUUGCCCGCAAAGUGGCUGCCCGCAAAAAAUCUGCCCGCAAACUGGUUGCCCGCAAAGUGGUUGCCCGCAAGUGUCGCGACGCCAAAAUCGAAUACGUCAAAGAUAAGCAGAAAUUUCGUUUUGCUCUGACUGCUCUCCAUAAUUCGCCUAGCCUCGUAUCGGUAAAUAAAAGUGCCUGCUGCUCGUAAAAAGUGCGAGCUAAAAUUUUCAAGCAUUAAUAUGUCACUCUUUUACCACAAAAUUUGCAAAUCCACGAGCGUCCCAGCGACACUUCUAUUGUGAGAAUCAGUAAACUGUUUCCAAAUUUCAUUUCUCGCCGCUUUCAGGUCACAAAAACCGUAACGGCUGAAUGUGGCACAGAUCUUGGCGAAUGGAAGGUCUGCUAUGGAUAUACGGGAGUUUCGCAUAAUAGCAAGGCUAUUUUCCUGGCUUACCGGUAAGUCAUCGCUAUUAUAACUGACGUUUUCUCACAUAUACUUGCAAGUUUAUCGGUUCAAUUUUUCAGAGGUACCGUCAGCGGCAUUCAACUGUUCUACGAAGCUUUUCGGACAAUCUUCGCCACGCGCGAUGACGCCAAAAUUGGAGGGAAAGUUUCGGCGUAUUUUUACAACGUCUACAACUACCUUCGAGACGCCGGAUUGAACGGAGAAUUGACUCGGCUGGCGAAUGAAUUCCCUGACUAUCAGAUCUAUGUAACCGGCCAUUCGUUGGGAGGAGCGUUGGCUUCAAUCGCAGCCGCCGAAGCGAUCAAAGUCGACGGAAUCGCGGCCUCUCGCGUCAAGAUCAUCACUUUUGGAGAGCCGCGGACUGGGGAUACCGACUAUUCGGCGGCUUUCGACAGUGUUCUGUCAUACGCUUACAGGGUCAUUAAUCAACACGACAUUGUGCCGCAGGUUCCACCCAGCUGGUUUAUGAAUUAUACUCAUCACAAGACGGAGGUCUGGUAUGCGAAUGGAAUGAGCGAUGGAGCCACUUAUAAGGUGUGCAGCGAAGACGAAGACCCGACUUGUGAGGACUCAAAUACCGAUUUGAGCGUCUUGAAUCACAUCAUUUACUAUAACCAGUUGAUUGUGACUUAUGGAGCAGCUGGUUGUGCAUAA